CGUGAGCGGUUCGGAAAAGCAUAGUCAGAAUCUAGCCGAUCAACAGCACAGACCUUCUUCGACCCUUUUUAGCAUCUCACAACAAUCUACAAACCAUACACAUCAAAAUGCUGAAGUUGGUGGUGCUGUCCGCUGUCCUGGCCGUCGUUGCCGCUCGUCCCGGUGCCCUCACGUACUCCGCCCCGUUUGCGUACGCUCCGGCUACCUACAUCGCUAAGCCAGAGAUCUACUACCAGAAGAGCAUCAUCGAGGAACCGACCGUGGCGCACGUUGGCAGCCUGGUUAAGACCAUCCCGACCGCUGUGUCGCACCAGAGCUCCACCGUUGUGCACAACUCCGCCAAAAUCACCGAACCGAUCUAUGCACCGGCGGUAAAGCAGACACUUGUGUCGACUCCGAUCGCCAAGACGACCUACAUUGCUGCACCGGCGGCCUAUGCUUAUGCUGCCCCCGCGUUGGCCUAUCACGAUGCUUACGCUUACCAUCAUCUGUAAUCCUGCUGGGCCAGUCACGAAGGAAGCAAUGAAGGAGCGUCGAAAAAGGAUUUCGUGAACAAGGAGGUCAAUAGUGCGUGCGCCAACCGUUUGCGCGAGUGAUACACCAGUGAGAUUCCUACCGGAAAAGGGCAUGGGGAGGAAGCGGCAAAGGACAUUUCGUUAUUUUUUCGUUUCACUGUGGGUGAGAGGAGACUCGUGGGGAAUAGUUUUUCAUUGUUCAUUUCGAUUGUUGGUGAAAGAUUGAAAGACACACAAAAGCCCCUCCGACGCUUGCUGUGAAAUAAAACAAAUGUCUCACAAAAUGUAA